AUGUAUGCUGUGACUAUUAGUGAUGAGGGUGACUGUUACCGGUGUUUCCCGCCUGACCCAGGCAUAGAGGCUGCUGCGCUAGGUACUUGUGAGGCUGCUGCUCUAGGUGCCAGUGCGUCUGCUGCCCCAGGUGCCGGUGAGUUUGCGCUCUCAGGUGCUGCGUCGCCCCCGGACACCCACACCUUCACCCUUGACUCGGGUGCUUCCCGCUCCUUCUUUCGAGACUGCACCACUCUCACACCGCUCAGUCGGCCUGUUGCGGUCUCCCUAGCGGACCCCUCUGGGGGUCCUGUCCUUGCUCACUACUCCACUGUCCUACCGUGUCCAGCGGUCCCGUCUGGCUCCCUGUCGGGUCUCUACGUCCCCUCGUUCUCUACGAACUUGGUGGCGGGUGCUGACCUCCAGGAUGCAGGAGUUGACCAGUUCACCCCUGCGCGUCAGCGGGUGACCCACUGCACUUGUGCGGACACGGGCCGCCACUUGGCCACGUUUGCUCGUCGGCCAGGGUCGAGCCUGUACACACUGACUACUGAGUCUUCCCCAGUCACUGAGUCUGCUCAGGUAGCCGCGUCGGGUCAGGUGUUUGCUGCGGCGUCCAGGUCUGGUCCUGAGUCUGCCCCCUGCUCGUGUCGUCUCCUGUCUCACCGGACUCUCCUCUGGCACCACCGUCUUGGUCACCCCUCCCUGCCUCGCCUUCGAGGCAUGGCUUCCCGUCUUCUUGUUUCUGGUCUCCCCCGGUCCCUCCCUCCCCUUCCUCCGGGGCCUGCCCCCACCUGCGUUCCCUGCGUCGAGGGGCGGCAGCGCGCUGCUCCUCACUCCUCCGAGUUUCCUCCGACAGAGGCUCCGCUGCAGACGCUUCACAUGGACGUGUGGGGCCCAGCCCGCGUCCGUGGGCAGGGUCAGGAGCGCUACUUCCUGCUGGUGGUUGACGACUACUCGCGUUACACCGCAGUCUUCCCCUUGCGCAGCAAGGGUGACGUCACUGAGGUGUUGAUCGCCUGGAUCCGCGCGGCUCGUCUCCAGCUCCAGGAGAGUUUCGGCUCCGACUUUCCUGUUCGGCGUCUGCACUCCGACCGAGGCGGAGAGUUCUCCUCUGACCUUCUGCAGACCUUCUGUCGCACACGAGGCAUCCGCCAGACCUUCACGCUUCCGGACUCUCCGCAGCAGAAUGGGAUUGCUGAGCGCCGCAUCGGCAUGGUCAUGGACGUCGCUCGUACGUCCAUGAUCCAUGCGGCUGCUCCCCAUUUUCUGUGGCCGUUUGCGGUUCGGUACGCGGCGCAUCAGCUCAACCUUCACCCCCGGGUCUCCAUGCCGGAGACCUCCCCUGCUUUGCUGUGGACGGGGAAGGUUGGUGAUGCGUCGCGUUUUCGGGUCUGGGGAUCUAGGGCGUUUGUCCGCGACUUGUCUGCGGACAAGCUGUCCUCUCGUGCUGUUCCCUGCGUCUUCCUUGGCUUUCCCCCUGACGCGCCAGGCUGGCAGUUCUACCACCCCACCUCGCGCCGUGUCUUCGCGUCCCAGGACGUCACCUUUGACGAGUCGGUUCCCUACUACCGUCUCUUCCCCUACCGCACUGCGUCCCUCCCUCCCCCGCCGCUCUUCCUUACACCAGGUCCCCCUCCGCUAGACCCCCUUCCCCCUCAGGGUCCUGCUCCCUCAGGUGUGUCCCAGGUAGAUGCAGUUGAGCCAGUCGAGGUAGCUGUUGACUCUGGUACUGCUGGUGGUGCUGAGCCUGGGGGUGCUGGGUCUGGGGGUGCUGCGACUGGGGGUGCUGGGUCUGGGGGUGCUGCGACUGGGGGUGCUGAGCCUGGGGGUGCUGAGCCUGGGGGUGCUGAGCCUGGGGGUGCUGCGCCUGGGGGUGCUGCGCCUGGGGGUGCUGCGCCUGGGGGUGCUGCGCCUGGGGGUGCUGCGCCUGGGGGUGCUGAGCCUGGGGGUGCUGAGUCUCGGAGUGCGGAGCCUGAGAGUGCUGGACCUGCUCGUGUGGCGUCUGGUGGUGCUGAGCCUGGCGGUUCCUCCGGUGCUUCGUCCCGGCGGGAGCUGCUCUCUCCACAGGAGCUGCGUGAGUGGUUCGCCCGGCGCUGGCGACGUGCUGCUGGAGCUGGUGGUGCUGCAGGAGCUGGGGGCUCUACUGCUGCUGAGGGUGCUGGUGCAGAGGGUCCCAGAGGUGCUCGUACCGAGUGUACUGGAGCUGCUGACCCUACGAGUGCUCCUCCUGCUGGAGCUGGUGGUGCUGCUGGUGUUGCUGGCGCUGGAGCUGCUGGUGCUGCUGGAGCUGCUGGUGCUGCUGGUGCUGCUGGUGCUGCUGGUGCUGCUGGUGCUACUGGUGCUACUGGCGUUGGUGCUGCUGGAGCUCCUGGAGCUGGAGCUGCUGCGUCUUCGGGUGGUCCGGCUGGAGCUGGAGCUACUGGGGGUGUUGGCGCUGGAGGUGCUGCUGGCGCUGGUGCUGCUGGGGGUGCUGGAGUUGGAGCUGCUGGAGUUGCGGGUCUUCCUGGUGCUGGUGCUCCCGCUGGGGGCGCUGGUGCUGUUCCUGCUAGCCCUGGUGGAGCUGCGCGGCCGCGGCCGUACUUCGUUCCGCUCCUUGAGCAGGUUCUUGGUCUUCCGUCCUCUCUUGGUCCUGCUCCUGCCUUAGAGUGUCCGCCUCCUGUCCAGUCUGAGUCACAGUUACAGCCACCUUCCCCGCUUCCUUCUCCUUCUCCCUACACUGGUCCUACUGGAGGUCUUGCUGAGCGUCGUGAGCCUGCGUCUCGCCCUGCGUCGCCUGUCCGUGCUGCUCGCACUAGUGGUCGUGGUUCGCGUCAGCGUCCUCCCCCUGUCCCCGGCACGCACCGGAUGUCUCUGCGUCCUUCCACUGCUCCGCUGCGUGCCCCUUUGCCCUCUCCUCCAGCGUCCUCUCUUCCUGAGCUUCCUGACCCGGAGUCGGACUCCCUUCGUGCUGCGCGUCCUACUGUCACGCGUCUCCUUGCUACUGUCGUCACUGACCCUUCCUUUGAGUCUACUGCUGCGUCUGCCCUAGUUGCUGAGCUUGUCGACUUCGCUGCUCGCUGUCGCCUAGACUACGCUACCAGUCUCGUCGCUGAGUCUGAGUCUGUCUGUCCUCCGUCCGUCGGGGGUGAGUGUGCUCUUGGCACGGACGUCCUAGAGGACAGGCAGGAGGAGUUCCAGUGCUUGGCUGCUGUUUCACCUCAUCUCGUGUCCAUGCUGCUUGCCCCUGAGGGAGACCCGGAUGCACUUGACAUCCCGACUCCGCGCUCUUACGCGGAGGCGAUAGAGGGUCCCUACUCCUCUCAGUGGCAGGCAGCCAUGGACGCAGAGAUGGCUUCCUGGAAGUCCACAGGCACCUACGUUGACGAGGUUCCCCCGCCUGGGGCGAACAUCGUCAGUGGCAUGUGGAUUUUCAGGGUGAAGCGGCCGCCGGGUUCUCCGCCUGUCUUCAAGGCGCGUUACGUGGCUCGUGGUUUCAGUCAGCGGCAGGGAGUUGACUACUUUCAGACUUUCUCCCCCACCCCGAAGAUGACCACUCUUCGGGUACUGCUGCACAUAGCUGCUCACCGAGACUACGAGCUGCACUCUCUUGACUUCAGCACUGCUUUCUUGCAGGGCAGCCUUCACGAGGAGAUCUGGCUGCGCCGCCCACCUGGCUUCACUGGGACGUUUCCUCCUGGCACCCAGUGGAGCCUCCGGCGGCCAGUCUACGGUCUCCGCCAGGCGCCUCGUGAGUGGCACGACACACUGAGGACUACACUUGCGGCCCUUGGGUUUGCUCCUUCUACUGCCGACCCGUCGCUGUUUCUGCGCACCGACACUUCUUUGCCGCCGUUCUACAUCCUCGUGUACGUCGACGACUUGGUCUUUGCUACAGCUGACACUGCUGGACUUGCCUACGUGAAGUCCGAGCUGCAGAAGAGACACACGUGCACAGACCUGGGUGAACUGCGCAGCUACCUUGGCUUGCAGAUCACCAGGGACAGAGCACAGCGCACCAUUACCCUGACUCAGUCACAUAUGGUGCAGCAGGUCCUUCAGCGCUUCGGCUUCACGUACUCCUCGCCUCAGGCCACUCCUCUGCCUACGCGCCACUCGCUCUCAGCUCUGCCUUCGGAUGAGUCCGUAGAGUCGAGUGGCCCGUACCCAGAGCUUGUGGGCUGCCUUAUGUACCUGAUGACCUGCACUCGACCUGACCUUGCAUACCCUCUUAGCAUUCUGGCACGCUAUGUUGCUCCUGGGAGACACAGACCAGAGCACAUGGCUGCAGCGAAGAGGGUGUUGCGCUACUUGUGCAGUACGUCAGGCAUGGGGCUUGUGCUUGGAGGGCAUAGUUCAGUGGUCCUCACUGGUCACGCAGACGCUUCUUGGGCUGACGACCAGGCUACGCAGCGGUCGUCACAGGGUUACACCUUCAGCCUUGGUUCCGGCUCUGUUUCUUGGCGGUCUACCCGCUCGUCUUCUGUUCUCGGCUCCAGUUGUGAGGCUGAGAUCUACGCAGGGGCCAUGGCUGCACAGGAGCUACGCUGGCUCACCUACCUGCUGACUGACCUGGGAGAGCCGCCUCGUUCUCCUCCAGUGCUGUACGUAGACAACAAGGCCAUGCUGGCCUUGUGUCAUGAGCACAGACUGGAGCACAGAACGAAGCACAUCGCUCUCCGCUACUUUCUUGCUCGUGAGCUGCAGCAGCGUGGUCAGCUGCGCCUUGCUUACGUGGCCUCUGAGGCCAACACUGCUGAUAUCUUCACUAAGGCACUCGCGCCUUGUGAUCAUCAGCGCUUCUGCACUCUGUUAGGUCUUGUACCUACCUUGCCUCACUUGCUUACUUCUUGA